CAGCCCACCGCACUUUCUAGACGCCCACCUCCAGCACACUCCCCUCCCCUAAAAGGCAUUCACCCACUCACCAGCUGUAGCCUCUUCGGUCCCCCCGCCCUCCCGUCCGGCUCACCCUCCCCACGAAGCAGACCCGCGCUCUAGGAGGCAGGGACCCCAGGCAAAGCAGCGGCUCGGGAGCUCCGCACUGACCUCCGCCUGCCCUGCGUGCAGAUUAACAAAGGCGGCAGCGAGCCCCAGUCCGACCCGACUGCCGCGAGCCGAAAGCUGGCCACGGGGCCCAGAGGCUGCCCAGGCGGCGAGCGUGCAGCGCGGGGUGAUCAGAAGUCACCGGCACCGGUGUCUGCGCUCGCAGAUCUGUCUCAAGCCGCGCUGCUGGGACGCCGGCCACACCAUGGGCUGCUGCACCGGGCGCUGCUCGCUCAUCUGUCUCUGCGCGCUGCAGCUGCUUUCAGCCCUGGAGAGGCAGAUCUUCGACUUCCUCGGCUUCCAGUGGGCACCCAUUCUUGGAAAUUUCCUGCAUAUAAUAGUUGUCAUAUUGGGUUUAUUUGGAACCAUUCAGUAUAGACCACGUUACAUCAUGGUGUAUACAGUAUGGACCGCCCUCUGGGUCACCUGGAAUGUGUUCAUCAUCUGCUUUUAUUUGGAAGUAGGUGGCCUCUCUAAGGACACAGAUCUGAUGACAUUCAACAUCUCUGUACAUCGGUCAUGGUGGAGAGAACAUGGACCUGGCUGUGUCCGGAGAGUGCUGCCCCCAUCUGCCCAUGGCAUGAUGGAUGACUAUACCUAUGUCUCCGUCACAGGCUGUGUCGUCGAUUUCCAGUACCUAGAGGUCAUCCACAGUGCUCUACAAAUACUGCUAUCUCUGGUUGGUUUUGUGUAUGCCUGUUAUGUGAUCAGCCUUUCCAUGGAAGAGGAAGACACCUGUCGAAAUAAGUAAUGACAUUGACUCUGAAAUGCGGCUCCUGGACUUGAGUUAGGGAACAAAGAACCACUGGCCUCUGGCACUGGGAAUCCUACAGCGUCACCUUCCUCCCAGACAGCAGGACUGCAACCCCUGUGGGCCAGCGAACGCGGGAGCUGCGAGGUCUUUGGUCUUAGCCUGUGUAACAUUAGCGUUGUUUGCUAGAUGCGUUCUGGGUGCUUGGGUGGGUAUUUUUUUAGUCAUCUCCUUCUCAUAUGAGCACUUGUAAAUUGUAAACAGAAAAAAAGAAGAAAAAGAAAAAAGGAAGAAAGAAAAAUGGUUUUUAAUUUUUUUUACAAUAUUUAACUUGAGGCAUGCAAAAUGAAAAAAAUUCUGUGAAAA